AUUGGCCGUGACCGAGCGGGUGGGCCCGCCACUCGGUGCGCUCUGCAGGCAGCUCUUCUCCUCUAAGGUCGGGACUUGGCUGCUCCCGGCUACCCGGCGCCGCGCAGGCAGGCUGUCCGGCCGGUCGGGGCUGCGCAGGCGGGCGCCAAGCCCUGUCGCGCCUUCGGCGCUCACUCUCGCGCCCGGUCCCCAGUAGCCGCGCCGGGCGCGCACUCACUCUCCCUCUCAGCGCGCGGCUGCGGGGCGCGAUGGACGUGGCACUGCUCCACAGCCUGCUGGAAGCCAACUGCAGCCUGGCGCUGGCCGAAGAGCUGUUCUGGGACGGCUGGGCGCUACCCCCGGACCCCGAGGGUCCCUUCUCCUACUGCAACACGACCUUGGACCAGAUCGGGACGUGUUGGCCCCGGAGCGCGGCCGGAGCCUUAGUGGAGAGGCCGUGCCCCGAGUACUUCAACGGCAUCAAGUACAACACCACGCGAAAUGCCUACCGAGAGUGCUUGGACAAUGGGACAUGGGCCUCGCGGAUCAACUACUCCCAGUGCGUGCCCAUUUUGGAUGACAAGCAGCAGAAGUACGACCUGCACUACCACGUCGCACUCAUGGUCAACUACGUGGGCCACUGUGUGUCGCUGGCAGCCCUCGUGGCCGCCUUCCUGCUCUUCCUGGCUCUGCGGAGCAUUCGCUGUCUGCGGAAUGUGAUUCACUGGAACCUCAUCACCACCUUUAUCCUGCGAAAUGUCACAUGGUUCCUGCUACAGCUCAUCGAUCACAAAGCACAUGAAAACAAUGAGGUCUGGUGCCGCUGCGUCACCACUGUCUUCAACUACUUCGUGGUGACUAACUUCUUCUGGAUGUUCGUAGAGGGCUGCUACCUGCACACAGCCAUCGUCAUGACCUACUCCACCGAGCGCCUGUGCAAGUGGCUCUUCCUCUUCAUCGGAUGGUGCAUCCCCUGCCCGAUCACCGUCGCCUGGGCCAUUGGCAAACUCUACUAUGAGAACGAACAGUGCUGGUUUGGGAAGGAACCUGGUGACCUCGUAGACUACAUUUACCAGGGCCCCGUCAUCCUCGUGCUCCUGAUCAAUUUUGUAUUUCUGUUCAACAUCGUCAGGAUCCUAAUGACAAAAUUACGAGCAUCAACGACAUCCGAGACGAUCCAGUACAGGAAGGUGGUGAAGGCCACGCUGGUCCUCCUGCCCCUUCUGGGCAUCACCUACAUGCUCUUCUUCGUCAAUCCUGGGGAGGACGACCUGUCACAGAUCGUGUUCAUCUACUUCAACUCCUUCCUGCAGUCAUUCCAGGGUUUCUUUGUGUCUGUCUUCUACUGCUUCUUAAAUGGAGAGGUGCGCUCGGCCAUGAGGAAGAGGUGGCACCGCUGGCAAGACCAUCACUCCCUCCGCGUCCCGGUGGCCCGGGCCAUGUCCAUCCCCACGUCGCCCACACGGAUCAGCUUCCACAGCAUCAAGCAGACAGCCGCUGUAUGACCCGUCAGUCGCCCUGCCUCACCUGUCACUCUGUCGGGACAGCUUCCCCAUCCUCCCCCACUGCCCACUGUGGGCUCUCCUUGCCAUGCAGGCUCUGGUGGGGACAGAAAAGAGGACGGCCUGGCAGGAGACAGGCUGUGCUGUAGCGCAAGUGCCCAAGAAACCAGGGCCAGCUGGGCCUGCAUCUCAGUACGAGAGGGAGCAGAGCGGAGAGGUCACAGGAACCCCGCCCCCUCCAGGAAGAGCGGGGCACGUCUUCAGGCAUUUGUCGACACCAGCUUCUCGCACUAGAUCCUCACUGUAGCCCCAUUCACAGAUGGGAAAACUGAGGCCCAGGGCCAGGAAGGGCCUGCGCAAGUCCCACAACUAGUUGGUGGGACUCCCCUGCCUACUCUUGGUGCAGGCCUUCCCGCCAGCAACAGGGUGACCGUCAGCCCUGCGCCCUGCCUGGGGCCUUCAUACUCGGUGGCGCCCUCUGCAGUCGAGAGGAGGCACAGCAGCUGGAGUAAAGGAUUAAUUCAGAGGGCUUCAUCCCACCGCCUCUCUCCUAUAGAAGACGCCUCACCUACACCCCAGCCCUGACCCAGCCAUCCCCCUGCGCCUGGGGCCCCCGGAAGGAUGCUGACUCCUUUCUGGGAGACCUGUUCUCAGCCUAGUCCACAUAGAGUUAGGGGCUUGGGCAAGGGACAUGGCCAGGGCAGCUAUACAUUCUUAGGACAACCAGAUACAUAGUGCAGGACGAA